CCUGGAAUACAAUGACAGUUUGUGUUAUAAAUCAGCACAUUGUACUUUGUAAAUGUAUAUGUUUGCGAAUGCGUAGAGUUGAACUGUCAAGAAUUAACACAGAAUGUCAUUCAUUGCUGCUCUUAUCAUGUAGCUGUUGGCCUCUGGCUACAUUAUGGGGUUUCCUAAAUAUAUAGAGGCUGAAUGCACUACGCCGAACUAGUACAGAAAUUAUAUGAAAUGAUAAAGCAGGUAUCAAAAUUACAGCAUAUUUCAUUGCUCGCUAGCGUUUACCUGAUGUUUUGUGUUUCAGUUCCGGAUGCGUGAAGCCACGAUUAGUACAAAAUGCCAAAUUGUGACCGGAUAUUUUCAAUAUAAAAGUAGGACGAGAAAUAGCAAUGAAUUUACGUUUGUGAAAUAUAGCACAGUAUUUUCUAGUGGUAAACUAGUUAUACAUUUUGAAAAUGCAUUGUUUUAUUUUAUUUUGUCAUUUAGGUACGAAAUUGUCGUUCAGUUGAAAAGACUUUUAUUUUGAAAUCACCACUCCAAGGUUACUGGCCAGGAUGCGCUUUGCUUACAGUGCGAGAUGUGCUUGUAAAUAGUAAACUUCAAGAACAGCCAAUUAAUAUCCCUCGACCUUCUCCCUCUCAUGUAAGGGGGUUUAAACUUCACUGCAAGGUGUGAGAAUGAUUCCUGCGUUCACAAGUCUCAGACACUUUGGCACAACUGCAAUGAGGAGAGCAGCGUCUGAGUUCCGACUGACUGUCCCAUGGGGAGAGAUGAGAGGUCAGGUUUGGGGUCCUUCUCAUGGUCGUCCUGUGCUGUGUUUGCACGGUUGGGCUGACAACAGCGGGACGUUCAAUACUCUGAUUCCAUUGCUUCCUAAAGACUGGAGAUUCGUAGCCAUUGAUUUUCCAGGUCAUGGUCUCUCGUCUCAUAGGCCUGAUGGAUGCUUUUACACCUUUCCUUUGUAUGUGGCAGAUGUUCGGCGAGUUGUAGAAGCUCUUCAGUGGAAGCGAUUCUCUAUUAUUGGACACAGUAUGGGUGGGAAUGUGGCGGGAAUGUUUAGCGCGUUAUACCCUGAGAUGGUUGAAGCUGUAGUUCUCUUGGAUACUUUUGGAUUCCUCCCGACAGAAGUGCCUGACAUGUUUGAAAACAUGAGAAAAGGGAUAAAUGAUCAAAUCCAUUAUGACAACAAGAUGGAUGAAAGGAAAGAGAAGGUGUACACGUACGAGAAAGCCAAAGAAAGGUUGAAGAUUGCAAACCCCGUUCUUUCCGAUCAUUCCGCUGAUAUUCUGUUGGAGCGAGCAGUCAGAGAGGUUGAGGGAGGAUUUAUAUUCACCAGAGACUUCAGGAUCAACCUGAAAAACAUUGUGAAUAUUAGUAUGCAACAAGGCCUCUACAUGCUGUCACUAAUUAAAACCAGAGUGAUGCUACUGCUGGCAAGUGAGGGUCUAUUCAAAACGUUUGCUCUACCUAAUGGAUAUGGUGAUAUGAUUCGGAAGAGCUGGACUGAUCAAAAAGCCACCAUUAUUGACAUAGAAGGAGACCAUCACAUUCACCUCAACAAACCCGAGUCCGUGGCCUCCAUAAUCACUGAUUUCCUUCAGUCACACAGUCCUGACAAAACAGAGAGUGAAUGUGACAACAAUCAGACUUCGAAAUUGUAACACACACACAUGCAGAUUCAAAUAAUGAAGUUUACUGAUCCAAAGUAUUCACAUCAUUAACCAAUUCUCAUAAUUUUGUGUUAUACUGCGAUACUUUUUUUUUAAGCAUAACAAACUUAUUUUCUCAUAUUACAAAAGGUGUUUUGUUAAAAAAGACAUUCUGAACAUUUGCAGUGUUUUGCACUCCAUUCAUCCAUUCGUCUUCCAGUUUUAAUGCUGGUGGAAAUCACCCACACAACACACACCUCACAGGAGGUAUGGUGCUUUUUGAGAUAUGGAUUUGCAAAAUGCAUUGCUUUGAAUUUUGGUCUUCCCAUUAAGUCAGUUAAGGAUAUGAAUACCUUUUGUUAAUGACUCUCUUUAUGUUGUGUAAUUAAAAUGAAAUGCUGCUGACAUUAACUGUAGUCUUAAAACAAAAAAAGCUUUAGUACCAAAUCAUCUUUACACAUUACUAGAUUUAAUCUACUCAAAGAAAAGCUGGCCAUAUGAUACAUAUAAAAGUUUUUUUUGUGUGAAAACGUCUAUUAAUGUUAAUAAAUAUUAAUUAAAAUCA